AGUAGGUGGCGGUACAUAUUUAAACGUCGAUUUAUAAUCCGCAAAAAAUAAACUCGUAGAAGAAGAAGCGGGUCAGCUGACCGUUCACCUCCAGUGGCAGCGGAGACAGUUGAUCCGAGGCGCUACGGAGCAGCAGGACUCAGGAGGGCGACCCAUAUUCCCAAAGAUGUCUGACACCGACCAGAGAAGCCCUCCUGCCCCCUCAGGGCCAGUGCAAUUUUUGUUGAGUAACAAGCUGGAGACGGCGAUGUGGCUGUCGCGGCUCUUCACCGUUUACUGCUCUGUCAUGUUUAUUCUUCCACUGCUGGGGCCCCAUGCGGCUGCAAACUUCUACCAGCGGGCCUUGCUGGCCAACGCCCUCACCAGCGCCCUGCGGCUGCACCAGAGGCUUCCCCGCUUCCAGCUGAGCCGAGCGUUCCUGGCUCAGGCGCUGCAGGAGGACAGCUGCCACUACCUGCUCUACUCCCUCAUCCUGGUCAACUCCUACCCCAUCACCAUGAGCAUCUUCCCAGUCUUCCUCUUCUCCCUGCUUCAUGCCACCACCUACACGAAAAAAGUCCUUGAUUCCAUGGGCCCCAACAGCCUGCCGUUCAUCAGGAACUUUCUGGACAAACUGACGUCCAACCAGCAGAACAUCCUGAAGUUCAUCGCCUGCAACGAGAUCUUCCUGAUGCCAGCCACUGUCUUCAUGCUCUUCAGCGGCCAGGGAAGCCUGCUGCAGCCUUUCAUUUACUAUCGAUUCCUCACUCUGCGCUACACGUCCAGAAGAAACCCGUACUGCCGCACCUUGUUCACGGAGCUGCGGAUUCUUCUGGAGCACUUCAUCAUGAAGCCCACCUGCCCUGCCUUCUUCAGGAGGAUGUGCCUCAGCAGCAUCGCCUUCAUCAGCCGCCUCGCGCCCACGGGGGUCUGACCGCCCUCCACAAACCUCUUUUUCUUCAUGUUUUUGCUGUUUUUCCGCCAUGAGGGACGUGGCAAACUUUGGGUGAGGACAGACAAUGACGGACAAUGCCAUCAAUCAAAAAACCUUUUUUCCUUUUUUUUUGAAUGUCAACAAAUAGUCUGUGUUCCUGCUUUUCUGUAUAUUUGACUACAGUAGAGGACCAGCCUGUGAUGCACUGAACCCCUCAUGGUGAAUUUUUUGUUUUCCCCCUCCUUUUUAUUUUUCAUUGUGUCUCAAUCAACCGCUGGUUCCCAACACACACACACUCCCUCUGUUAAGUUCACACUGAAUGGUACACACUGGAUGAUCAGCUGUGUGUAUCAGUUGAGGAUCGAUCCAAUGCUAACAAACGUCUGUGAUCUUCCCUUUUAAGACCUUAUUUAUUCAUGAAAAUUGCUUAUUCAUUCACACAAAUUAACCUUUUCUGAGAUUAGUAAUUUAAAUGACAAUGUACUAUACAUAGCUAGACAUGUUCUUUUUUAUAAUCAUUGUGCUUUUUCAAAACAUGGAUGAAAUGUGGGAUUAUGUGUGCAGUUUCUACAUUUGCCAGUUCCUCUUUUUUUAAUGUGUAAAGCAUUAUCUGAUUUGUCUUAACACGUAGAUCUAUAAAUGCCAUCAGCUCACAUUUUUAAAAAAUCUGCAGGGAGCGUUCCAGUGAGGAAACAGAAUAUCUGCUGUAUUUUAAAGAGUUUUGAAGGUACAAGACAUUCUGCUUCAGGUUUUAUAUGUGAAAUGAACAACACGGUGCACGCCAUGCAUAGAGUGAAACACAUGCUGCUUUCAGUUGCACUGUUGCAUUCGGACCAUGUCGCAAUUUGGAAAAAAAAAAAUGUCUUGAAGUUGCAUCAGUCAGUCGUAGCUUUUGUAGUCUUCUGGCUUAUUGCAUGCCCUGAUUUUCUGCCAUGUUUAAUGUAUUUAUUUGCCUAUGCGUUUCUAGGAGGAGACUAAAAUUAAAUCAUCCCUUAAUUAAACUAAUAAAAUGUUAAAGAACUCUAA